AUGGGGCCCCUCUCAGCCCCUCCAUGCACACAGCGCAUCACAUGGAAGGGGUUCCUGCUCACAGCAUCACUUUUAAACUUCUGGAACCCGCCCGCCACUGCCCAAGUCACUAUUGAAGCCCAGCCACCAAAAAUUUCCGAGGGGAAGGAUGUUCUUCUACAUGUCCACAAUUUGCCCCAGAAUCUUACUGGCUACAUCUGGUACAGAGGGCAAAUGACAGACCUCUACCAUUACAUUGCAUCAUAUGUAGUAGACAAUGACAUAAUUAUAUCUGGGCCUGCAUACACUGGACGAGAAACAGUAUAUUCCAACGCAUCCCUGCUGAUCCAGAAUGUCACCCGGGAGGACGCAGGAUCCUACACUUUACACAUCAUAAAGCGAGGUGAUGAGACUACAGGAAUAACUGGACAUUUCACCGCCACCUUAUACUUGGAGACUCCCAAGCCCUACAUAUCUAGCAGCAAGUUAAACCCCAUGGAGCACACGGAUAUUGUGAGAUUAACCUGUGAUCCUGAGACUCCGCACGCAAGCUACCUGUGGUGGAUGAAUGGUCAGAGCCUCCCUAUGAAUUACAGGUUGCAGCUGUCCAGAAGCAACAGGACCCUGUUUAUAUUUGGUGUCACAAAGGAUAUUGCAGGACCUUAUGAAUGUGAAAUACGGAACCCAGUGAGUGCCAGCCGCAGUGACCCAUUCACCCUGAAUCUCCUCUCGAAGCUGCCCAAGCCCUACAUCACCAUCAACAACUUAAACCCCAGGCAGAAUAAGGAUGUCUUAGCCUUCACCUGUGAAGCUCAGAGUGAGAACUACACCUACAGGUGGUGGCCAAAUGGUCAAAGGCUCCCGGUCAGUCCCAGGGUAAAGCGACCCAUUGAAAACAGCAUCCUCAUUCUACCCAGUGUCAUGAGGAAUGAAACAGGAGCCUAUCAAUGUGAAAUACGGGACCGAUAUGGUGGCAUCCACAGUGACCCAGUCACCGUGAAUGUCCUCUGGGAGUAUCUUUUGUUCCUCUAUGGUCCAGACCUCCCCAGCAUUUAUCCUUCAUUCGCCCAUUACCGUUCAGGAGAAAACCUCUCCUUGUCCUGCUUCGCGGACUCUAACCCACCGGCAGAGUAUUCUUGGACCAUUAAUGGGAAGUUUCAGCAAUCAGGACAAAAGCUCUCUAUCCCACAAAUUACUACAAAGCAUAGCGGGCUCUAUGCUUGCUCUGUUCGUAACUCAGCCACUGGCAGGAGAAACUCCAAAUCCAUGAGAGUCAAAGUCUCUGAGACAGGGUCCCGUCAGGUUACCUAUGCUGGUCCAAACACCUGGUCUCAAGAAAUUCUUCUGCUGUGACCUCCCAAAGUGCUAGAAUUAAAACAUGACCCACCAUGCUCAGAGUCCCUUUUCAUUUCUGAUUUUAGUAAUUUUAAACUUUUCUCUUUUUUUCCUAGUCAAUCUAGUUAAUGGUUGUCAAUUUUGUUGAUUUUAUUUUGAAGAAUCAACUUCUGGUUUCAUUAAUUUCCUCUAUUCUUUUUCCAUUCUCCAUUUUAUGUAUAUCCACUCUAAUCCUUAUUAUUUCCAUCAUUCACUGUGCGUGGGUUUAGUUUGUUCUUCUUUCAUAUCCUGAAUUAUUAAAGUAGGUUGUUGACAUAAGAUCUUUCUUUUUUUUUAAUGUGAGAGGCUACAGUUAUACAUUUCUUGCACAAGACUCAGCUUCUCUGAAACUCUGAUUCUUCACUUGAAAACUGCAAUGAGAGUGUUUCUUCAUACCAUUCUUUUAAAGGUUUAACGCAGUCAAUGAAACAAAAUGCCACACACAGAGGAUCCAAUGUCAGCUGCUAUAUUACUACCAUCAUCAUUAGCCUUGAGGUCAAACAGUCCUAGAAUCAAAUCUCAGAUCCACCUGUCACUAGCCAUAUGACACCUGGAAAGUUUUUACGCCACUCUAAGCUUCUGUCUUUUCAUCGGCAAAAUGGAAAUAAUGUCUACCUGACAGGGUUAUUGUGUGGAUUAAAUGAGAUACAGGUAAAGUAUUUAGCACAGG